AUGGCUGCUCGUCGUCGGGCCGCUGAGGCCGAUCUCGGGGAUGACUCAAGCCCCGAGGAUGGCGUCGAACGUCAGCGCCGACGUACCGCACCAUCGGAGUCAGAGCACCUCUCGGCUACGCAAGGGGGUGACAUUUCGAGUCAGGCCUUUGACGGUGGUGAUUUGUCCGACGAGAAUGAUUCUGCUGGCACUAUUACCAAGCUUGACUUGACAGACUUUAUGAAUCAUCGACGCCUCACAUUGGACUUUGGACCCAAUCUCAACUUUAUCUGUGGUGAAAAUGGCAGUGGCAAAUCUGCCAUUCUUACGAGCAUCAUCCUUGGCCUCGGUGGCAAUGUGGGUGCCACCGGUCGUGGCUCAACAUCCGCUUCGGCCUUUAUCCGACGCGACAAAGACGUGAAAUCGGCCAUCGUUCGUAUUACGCUCAACAAUGUUGGCACCAAGGCCUUCCGUCCCGAAGUCUACGGUGAAAAAAUCCACGUUGAGCGGGAAAUUCGCAAGGAAAGCAGCACCUACAAAACUCUCAAUGCAAAGUUGAAAGUCGUCGAGGCUCAAGCCCGUCAAGAAAUUGCCAACAUGUGUGAGUGCUUUCAGAUUCAGGCAAGUAGUAUCCUCCCUUGGUUGCCACUCAGAGCCUGUCUGCAGAACUGCUGUUGUGAAAAUAACCCUCUUUCUUCGCUUCAGGUCGACAAUCCCGUUGGAAUCCUGACCCAAGAAGCAGCCAAGAGCUUUCUGACUUCAAAAAAACCGGCUGACAUGUUCAAGAUUUAUCGUCGAGCCACCCAGCUCGAGCAACUCAUCGAACACUAUCAGAAGACCAAGGAUAACUUGGACAAAACUCGCGAAUCCUUGAAGGGCAGCCAUAACGAGUUUGAAAGACUGGGGGAUGCAGAUCGCGAGCUCGAGUCUCUUCUGCUGCAAAAGGCCUGGUCGCACAUUCGAGAUCAGCGCCAGGUUCUGGCAGAGUCGCAGGCAAAUCGAGCACAGCACGACAACAAGAUCAAUCAGUUGUCGAAGAAGAAAGAGGCGCGCCAGGCAAGUCCAAAAGCAGCCCAGCUAGCGGAACUUGAGACCCAGCGGACGAAGAGCCUGGCCGAGAUUAACCUCAGCAACGCCAACCUCCAGCAGCUCGAGCAGACACAGAAAGACAUGCGUCCUCAUUUGCAAACAGCCACACAGGACUUCAAGACCGCCAAGCUUGACGUCAAAAAGUUGAAGGAUGACAUUCUGCUGAAGCAACGCGAAAAGCAGGAGAUUUCGGACACCAUGCAGCAGCGGAAAGAAGCCUCUUACGAUCAACAGGAAAAGCUGCGUAAAGUGGAGGAGCAAAUCAAUUCAUGCGAGGCCAGAAUUGCGCGGCACACUGAGGAAUCUGAUGCGGCUGAAAAAGCGAUCGAGCAGCUGAACGGGGAGAUUGAUGAAGCCGCUGGUUUACUGGAGACACGCAGCGCCUCGUGCCGCGAAUUGCAGCACCAGCUUGACCAAGCCACAAAGCGUCUGCAAAGCCUUCGAAAGAAUCAGACCAACUCGGUGGCGAUUUGGGGGGAUAGCUUCCCGCGCAUCCUCAAAGCCAUUGAUGCCCAGUCUGGUUGGCAUCACAAACCCCUUGGCCCUCUCGGCCAGUACAUCGCGCUGUCCGAUCCAAAGUGGGCCAUGGCCGUGGAGGUGAUGCUGAUGGUGGCAGAUGUGGUGAAGAUUAGUGAUCCAACUGUUGAGCGCGUUUUAAUGGAACGCAAGAUUGACGUCACAGCUGUCUUUGAGGAUAAGCAACGGGCUUUGACGUGCUGUCAUGGCUACGAUGUGGCUCCCGACCUCAAGGGCGGCUAUCUCUUAAAUGGCGAUUUUGUUGGCACUGGUCCAGGCAAGCCUUACUACUCCAAUGCUCGGCGACAAGGCGCGCGCCGUUUGGGUGUGGACGUGGGCGAUGCUAUGCAUCGCUUGAAGGAGGAGAUCCAACGGCUCAAGACUAGCCUUCAAGAAGCUGAGGCACACACUGCUCAGGUUCGCAACAACCUGGACAAGUUGCGAAAGGAUCGGCAAGCACAAGAGAAAAGCAAAGCCACGGCGUUUCGGGAGAGUCAACGCCUGUCCAAGAUGUUGGUUGAACUGCGCGAAUCACGCGUGCAAGGGGACCAGGAGCUCGACGUUUCGGUUUAUUCGAAUAAUAUUGAGCAAUUAAACCAAGAGCUGUCUGAGCUCAGGGAGCAACUUGACAAGGCGCAGGAACAAGCUCAGCAGAAGGAGAAAAAGCUUUUGAGCCUCAAGGCGAGCAUGAGCGCAAGCAACGAUCAGAUGCAAGAAAUUCUGAAGCGUUCCGACACAAUCAAUCUACAAACGGAGAAGAUUGAGGAGGAAAUGGCAAAUAUUAGCUCCCGCAUUGGCCUUUACGACAAGCAGAUUGCCGAGGAAACACGAGCCCGAACGCAAAUUGAGGAACGCAUUGCAGAAAUUGAGCGGUCUAUUGAGGUUACCAAGCAGGAUUUGUUAACAAACGGCGUGGAAGAGGUUGAGGUCACUUGGGCGACGGACGUGUUGGACCAAAAGAUUGUGGCUUUGGAACAUCAGAAGAAGGAUAUGCAAUCCCGGCUGGGUACACGGGAGGAGGCGAUUCAAAACGAAACAGAUGCACAAAAGCGACUGGAGAAUGUAGAGUCACGCUACAAAAGUCUCGAGAAGUUUGCCCGGGAGUUGGACAAGUCGCUGGAGCGCCGCAUGAGUCAGCUGUCUACGUUUUGCUCUUACUGCAGCGACCGUGUUCAGAAGGUUUUUCAAGUGCUGCUAUCCCAUCGCAACUACUCGGGCAGUCUGCGGGUCGAUCAUCAGGCGGGCACAUUGCAUCUCAAUGUCGCGCCAGGCCACGAGGUGGCUAGCACAAAAUCCUUGUCCGGUGGCGAGCGUUCUUUUUCGUCGAUUUGCUUCAUCAUGUCUCUGUGGGAGCUCAUGGAGGCACCCUUUCGAUGCCUGGACGAGUUUGAUGUCUACAUGGACAUGGUGAACCGCACUGUGGCUAUUGCCGACCUGGUCCAGCUUGCCACCAGCAAGAGUAAUCGCCAGUUUAUUCUCCUGACACCGCUGAAGAUGAUCCCAAUUGCGCCGCAGCAUAUGGACAGAGUCAAGAUUUUCAAGCUCAGCAAGCACGACGAAUCGCAGAGCACAUUGCAGAUGUAG